AUGGGCAAACCGCCCCAGGACAUGGUAAUUGCGACUGCAGGAUUGGGUGCGGAUGCGCCGACAUCCAUGUGCGGUUAUCCCAUCGGCUGGAAGUCCUCAUCACCGGAGUAUCACCAGGAAGCAUCGGCGCCCACGCGGCCCUGCACCUCUCCCGACACAGUCCCGCUUUACUCAUCCUCGCCGGACGAACCCUGUCCCUUGCAAGCCACCCAGAAUGCCAUCAAAUCCGCGACACCAGAUGCAAAUACCCGCCUCCUCAUCAUGGAUCUGAGCUCCCAGGAGAGUGUCCGCAAGGCAGCCGAGGAGCUGAACAGAUACCCGGAAGGUAUUGAUCGGAUCAUCAAGAGUGCCGGGGUGAUGGCCGCGCCGUAUGGGGUCACCUGGGAAGGAGUGGAGAUGCAGUUUAGGACUAAUCAUGUCGGUCAUUUCUUGUUUACGAAUUUGGCUCUCCAGGGAAUGAUCAGUCAGACUGCAAGUGGAAUGGUGAGGGUGGUAAAUGUCAGUAGCCUCGAGCACAAACGAGGGCCGGUGCGGUUUGCCAUAUGGUCAGAGCAAAACGGCACAUAUGCUCUUUUCAGUAUCCCUGGCAGAGAAGGUCGGUGGAAGGGAGUGGAAUCGUUCAGUCUCUAUCCCGGUCGGGUUGUCACUGGGAUCGGGAGGCAUUUGGUCCCGGAAGUGUGGAUUAAAGCGGGAUGGAAACACGAGGACGGAAGUAUUGUCGAUGACCCCAAGUUGAAUUGGAGAACACCCACUCAGGCAGCCGCCACAUUGAUUGUGGCAGCAUAUGAUCCGAUUAUUUCCAAUGAGCUGGCGCACGUUUGGCUGGGAGAGGCUGACACAGAACCAGAUACAAAUGGCUCGUACAUGGUUAAUAACCGGGUGGACAAUGAUGCGGCGGCAGAUUAUGAACUGGACUUGGAGAAUGCAGAGAGGCUCUGGAAGCCGAGUGAGGAGAUUGUCGGCCAGAAUUUUGAGUAUAAGAUGUUCGUGGCAUGCUGA